CCCCGCCUCGCCUAGGAGACGGCCGCGCGAGGAGCCGAGCCGAACCGGCCGCUCGUCGCUGCCGGUGCGGCUGGCUGCUCCUACCACAUCUCGGGCUCUGCGGGCUAGCGGCCAGAAGUGCGUGCUUCCUUACCGCACGCACAGCUUGUGUUUGGCCUAGUGGGGUCCGCCGCCAGGGAUUGAGGAUGGGGAAGUAGCUGCAGGAGACGACCUCGCAGCACCGAGGGUUUUCUGGUGGCGUGAAAAGGAUUAGAAAUGAACCAAAACCAUUCACAGAUUAACAUUUUGGGAAAAAAUUCAUGAUACCUGUUUCACCUUUGGAGUAAUGUGGACAGAAGUUCUCAGAUUUGCAUAUUACAUCAACCGGAACCAGUGGCAUUAUCUUAAUGUUCACUUGAGUCAGAACUUGGACAAGAAAAACAAUGGGAGUCUGGUUAAAUAAAGAUGACUAUCUCAGAGACUUGAAAAGGGUCAUGCUCUGUUUUCUAAUAGUGUAUAUGGCCAUUUUAGUGGGUACAGAUCAGGAUUUUUACAGUUUACUUGGUGUAUCGAAAACUGCAAGCAGUAGGGAAAUAAGACAGGCUUUCAAGAAAUUGGCAUUGAAGCUACAUCCUGAUAAAAACCCGAAUAAUCCAGACGCACAUAGUGAUUUUUUGAAAAUAAACAGAGCAUAUGAAGUACUCAAAGAUGAAGAUCUGCGGAAAAAGUAUGACAAAUAUGGAGAAAAGGGACUUGCAGAUAAUCAAGGAGGCCAGUAUGAAAGCUGGAAUUAUUAUCGUUAUGAUUUUGGUAUUUAUGACGAUGAUCCUGAAAUCAUAACAUUGGAUAGAAGAGAAUUCGAUGCUGCUGUUAAUUCUGGAGAACUGUGGUUUGUGAACUUUUACUCCCCAGGGUGUUCACACUGCCAUGAUUUAGCUCCCACAUGGAGAGACUUUGCUAAAGAAGUAGAUGGAUUGCUUCGAAUUGGAGCUGUUAACUGUGGCGAUGAUAGAAUGCUUUGCCGAAUGAAAGGAGUGAACAGUUAUCCCAGCCUCUUCAUUUUUAGGUCUGGAAUGGCUGCAGUGAAAUACCAUGGUGACAGAUCAAAGGAAAGUUUAGUGAAUUUCGCCAUGCAGCAUGUUAGAAGCACAGUGACAGAAUUAUGGACAGGAAAUUUUGUUAACUCCAUACAAACUGCGUUUGCUGCUGGUAUUGGCUGGCUGAUCACUUUUUGUUCCAAAGGAAGAGAUUGUUUGACUUCACAGACACGUCUCAGGUUAAGUGGAAUGUUGGAUGGUCUUGUUAGUGUAGGAUGGAUGGACUGUGCCACCCAGGACAACCUUUGUAAAAGUUUGGACAUUACAACAAGUACUACUGCAUAUUUUCCUCCUGGAGCCACUUUAAAUAACAAAGAGAAAAGUGGUAUUUUGUUUCUUAAUUCAUUGGAUGCUAAAGAAAUAUAUUUGGAAAUAAUGCAUAACCUUCCAGAUUUUGAACUACUUUCGGCAAACACACUAGAGGAUCGUUUGGCUCAUCAUCGGUGGCUCUUAUUUUUUCAUUUUGGAAAAAAUGAAAAUUCAAAUGAUCCUGAGUUGAAGAAGCUAAAAACUCUACUUAAAAAUGAACAUAUUCAAGUUGGCAAGUUUGACUGUUCCUCUGCACCAGACAUCUGUAGUAAUCUCUAUGUUUUUCAGCCAUGUCUAGCAGUAUUUAAAGGACAAGGAACUAAGGAAUUUGAAAUUCAUCAUGGAAAGAAGAUUCUUUAUGAUAUACUUGCCUUUGCCAAAGAAAGUGUUAAUUCUCAUGUUACCACACUGGGACCUCAAAAUUUUCCUGCCAAUGACAAAGAACCAUGGCUAGUUGAUUUUUUUGCCCCUUGGUGUCCACCAUGUCGAGCUUUAUUGCCAGAGUUACGAAAAGCAUCAAAGCAUCUUUACGGUCAGCUUAAGUUUGGUACAUUAGAUUGUACAGUUCACGAGGGACUCUGUAACAUGUAUAACAUUCAGGCUUAUCCAACAACAGUGGUAUUCAACCAGUCCAACAUUCAUGAAUAUGAAGGACAUCACUCUGCUGAACAGAUCUUGGAGUUCGUAGAGGAUCUUAUGAAUCCUUCAGUGAUCUCCUUGACACCCACCACUUUCAAUGAACUAGUUAAACAAAGAAAACAUGACGAAGUCUGGAUGGUUGAUUUCUAUUCUCCAUGGUGUCAUCCGUGUCAAGUCUUAAUGCCAGAAUGGAAGAGAAUGGCCCGGACAUUAACUGGACUGAUCAAUGUGGGCAGUAUAAACUGCCAACAAUAUCAUUCUUUUUGUUCCCAAGAAAAUGUUCGGAGAUACCCUGAGAUAAGAUUUUUUCCCCCCAAAUCAAAUAAAGCUUAUCAAUAUCAUAGUUACAAUGGUUGGAAUAGGGAUGCUUAUUCCCUAAGAAUCUGGGGUCUAGGAUUUUUACCUCAAGCAUCUAUAGAUCUAACGCCUCAGACUUUCAAUGAAAAAGUUUUACAAGGGAAAAACCAUUGGGUGGUUGAUUUCUAUGCUCCUUGGUGUGGACCUUGCCAAAACUUUGCUCCAGAGUUUGAGCUCUUGGCUAGGAGAAAUACUUGGGGAGAGGAAAUAGAUUCCAGAGAUGCAAAAGAGAUUACUACCUUAAUAUAUGAAAAAUUGGAAAAUCUCCAAAAUCAUGGAAAGAGAAAUAAGGAUGAACUUUAAUGAUGUUGAAAAUGAAGAAAAAUUGAAAAGAAAUUGACAGAUGAUGACGUCAGAAGCCACCUUUUCGGAAUGUUACCAUGUUCUGGAUGGGAAUAAAUGAACAUUAUCUUGGACUUGUAAUUGCACUGCUUGAAUUCUGUACAACAUUAAUAUAAAUGAAGGGUCUGCAGACAUUUUCCCUAAAGGGCCAGAUCAUAAAUACUUUAGGCUUUGUAGACCAUAGAUGGUUCUUUGUCACAUAUUCUGUUUUUAUUUUGUUUACAACCCUUUAAAAAAUGUAAAAACCAUUCUUAGCCUCAAGGCUGUACACAAAUAGGCCACAAGCCACAUUCAGCCCAUGGGCCACAGAUUGCUGACCUGACCCACAGAAAGAUGUUUAGGCUGGCUGGCUCAAACAUGAGCCUGCUCUAUGAUCUAUGUACAUGCUAAGUUAUACAACGUGUACUUUAUCAAUUCAAGUUUUGUGGCUGGCCCGAAAAGAGAACUUGGUUUUCAGUCACCUGUUCUCCUAAAAAAUAUCUCUGAAAUUGAUUAUCUGACCAUGUAUUUCAUUUAAAAAACAUACUCAAAAUGUGGGAAAAUAAACAGAUACCCUAUUUUCAUGCUGUAUUAUAGUGAAGAGAUUCAUUUUCUUUUCUAAAGGUUGAAGAAUUGGUUUUAAUUUUUCACAUAUGAGAAAAAAAUUUUAUAACAGAAAGUAAACAAAUCCUAUUGAUUUCUAUAGUAUCCACAUAUACCCGAGGGGAAAAAAAUAUUUAUAGCAAUUAACUGGGCAUUGUAGAGUACCCCAAAUAUUUCUAUAUUUUAAAGAUAUGUGUUCAUUUAUUUUCUGAAUUGCUUUCAUAAUGUUUUCCCUGUGAUGGUUAUUGAUUUCUGAAGCAUCUUUCUAAUAUCUGUUUUUGAUUUCUGGACUUGGUUUUGAUGCAUAUCCUUUAUUUACAUUUGCCUUUUUUCCUUCAUGGUUUUGGUUGUUCACUCUUGUCCAAUGUUUAUUAUUCAAGAAGGAAAAAUUAACUUUGUAGAUUUGUUUUCCUAAAGCUCGUAAUGAUGCUGUGUUUAUUCCAAUUAUUUACUGUUGGAGGCUGCCAUUUUCAGAUAAAUAUUGGCCUAACAACUGAAGUUAAUUUUGUAAGAAAAUCAAGGAUAAAAAUUUAAGGAUGGGAUCUUUUAGUUUCUUAAUUGUUCAGGCUCAAGGAAUCCAAAUUUUUUUUCCUUGCACAUUAACAAAACAUUGUAACAUGUAGUUAUUUAGUUAUAAUUCAGAAUGUAUGGAAUGGUAAAAUCCCAAUUGAUCAAAAGAGGUCAACAGAUUUUUUUCAAAACUUAAGUUUUCCCAAAAACCUAUUUGAAUCAUGCUUUAUUAUGUUGGGAGAAUUUUGGUUUUUUGUUUUUGUUUUGUUUUUACCCCAUUCCCCAAAAUUUCCUCAUAAAGGUUAAUUUAUAACUGCAAUUUAUCCAAAAAGUAAUCGAUAUUUUUUCAUUUUCAAGUCUAACCCUAUUCUUCAUAUUCUCACCCAUAUUGUUUCUUGUGUAUCUUUUAACUUCCUAUCUUAAAUUCUACUUUACACAUGUGGGCACAUACAGAAGAGUCACCACUUCUAACCUUAAUUUUAUACCACCUUUUUUACUUAUGAUCAGUAAUGGCAAGUGCCUUUCAUUUAUUAAAUUUUCAAAGCUUAGAACAUUUUCAAAAUUGGUUUGUUUCUACAAGAAUUCCAAAAUGGAAUGCCUAAAGAAGUUUUGGUAAAUAUUUACUGAACUUGUACCAAUUAUGAGAGUACCGCUAUGCUGGACACAGAAGUGUGCAAAAGUAAACUAAACCCAACGCUUAGUCCCUGUCUCCCUAGUGUCUGUAAAUUCACAAUUCUGACAUGGGACCCAUAAACAAGCUUAUAGAUACCUGUACUAUUACCUAUAAAUAGAAUGCCAAACUUACUGGUUGAGAAAUAGGCAGGAAAUGAAAUAGUAAAUAUGUAUCCUGUAACUGGGCCUAGGUAUGUGCCUGUAGAAUCAGCUCAAAAGCCAGGACUACCUGGGAGACGUGUUAAGUAACAUGUAGCAUAAAAGUAACAUGCAUCAGAAUUUUCUGCAAUCAUGUCAGUCUCACUGACAUGCUGACAGGAUUAAAGGUUCUAACGGCCACAUUAGUGCAGUAGAGCACCUCUAGAGUGCCAGGUAAAACAUGGCAUUUUUUUCAGCAACACCAUUUUUGUGUGCAGCUAGCCUUGGGUAACACAGCACCAUUUCUCGCAGACCAGAGUGCAUUCUAUCAGGCAGCGAGACUUGAAAAUUAGAUGUUUAAUGUGGUUAUGUGAAACUGUUGGGAAUGUGCGUUUGGGGAAUUAAUGCUUGCCUGCUCUAGUUUCCCAAAUUUUAUUUAAUGUCUUUCAUAUCUUUUUCAUUUUAAGGAUAUGAUUAAGAUUUUAAAAUAACUAUUUCAAAAUAACUAUAACUACUUUAAUAUUUUAAAGGUUUUCUUUAAAUUUGUGCUUGUUUUCUAACAGUAUUCAAAGCAGGAAUUUUCUUUGAAGAGUACAGUUAUUAGAAAAGCAUUACUAUGUUGUUUCCUAUGGGACACAGUUUACAAAGAUACUUAUAUAAGAAAGUUUUUAAUGAAGAGGUAGUGUUUGUAAGCCAUUUAAACAAUUUUUGUAUAAUAGUCUAAUUUCUUCGGUCUACCAACAAACUCAAAUGUCUCAUAUUCAGUCCAUCAUGACUGUUUAAGAAAUAGUACAAAGUUUAAAUUAAAAUGCAUUUAAAAUUUUCUGUAGUGAUACUUGCAGGAUAAAAUUGAUUCUGAAUAUGAGAAGGAAAUAACCUUUCUGGUAAUAUACCACUUUAUAUAAACCAAAACUUUAAAUGUACCCAACGGGAAUUCCCUGGUGGGCCUGUGGUUAGGACCAGGUGUUUUCACUACUGUGGCCCAGGGUCAAUCCCUGGUCAGGGAACUAAGACCCCACAAGCCAUGCUGCACAGCCAAAAAUAAAAUAAAUAAAUGUACCCAAAUUAUUCUGGUGAAUAAUCUUGUUUUUAGUAAGAGUAAUAAGAAAAUUUAGGUCAACCACGAAGCUAAGUAUAAAUGUAUUACUGAUCAUAUAUAAAAACGUUAGUGAUUUA